GCCGGCUGCCGGGGAUGAUAGCAGGAAGCCGCCGCCGGGAGCCUUAUCUGCGGACAGCAGGAGGGGCUGGGCCGGGCCCCUGCUUAGGCGGGCCCGCCGUUUCAUGGAACAGCCUCGCCGCGUUCUCUGAGGCGCCGCCCUCCUUCGCUGGGCUCGGAAAACACAGCCUUCGCCUCCCUCACCGGCCAUUUGCUCCAUGGCAGGCUUAGUUCCCCGCCUGCCCUCGCUGCUGCUGCUAUGGCGGCGCCGGCAAUGCUUAUCCUGGGCUCCCGCUUCCCUCGGCAGCAGAGGAUGGGCCGCCUGCAGCUCAGGAAGCAACAGGUGCCGGCAGCCUUGUUCUUCUCCCGGCGCUUUCCGCCUUUCCCCGACCGCUACCCACAGUUUCACCGCAUCCUCUUGGGCAGCCGCGGCUGGGAACUCGCGGAAGAAGGGGGACGAGCCCACUGGGCCCGGAGGAGGAGGAGGAGGAGAUUCUGACGCCAAGAGACUUCUGGCCCUGGCGCAUCCCGAGCGCUGGAGACUGACAGCUGCUGUUGGCUUUCUGACUAUCUCCAGUGUCAUCACUAUGUCUGCCCCUUUUUUCUUGGGGAAGGUUAUCGAUGUCAUUUACACAAACCCCUCUGGUGACUUCACUGACAACCUGUCCAACCUCUGUGCCUUGCUAAGUGGAAUAUUCUUCUGUGGUGCUGCUGCCAAUGCAACCCGUGUCUACCUCAUGCAGACUGCAGGACAACGAAUUGUGAAUCGUCUAAGAGCAACAAUGUUUUCAUCUCUUUUGAAACAAGAAGUAGCUUUUUUUGACAAAACCAGCACUGGAGAACUGAUCAAUCGCUUAUCUUCUGACACUGCACUUUUGGGCCGUUCAGUCACUGAAAACCUUUCUGAUGGGCUAAGAGCUGUGGCUCAGGCUUCAGUUGGGAUUGGGAUGAUGUUUUUUGUUUCUCCCAAACUUGCUAUGUUUGUUCUGAGUGUGGUGCCACCCCUGGCUAUCAUAGCUGUGAUUUAUGGAAGAUAUUUACGAAAAUUGACUAAAAUGACACAGGAUUCCCUUGCAGAAGCAACACAGUUAGCAGAAGAACGGAUUGGAAAUUUGCGAACAGUUCGAGCUUUCGGACAAGAAUUAAAUGAAAUGGAGAAAUAUAGGAGCAAAGUUGAUUAUGUACUGCAGUUGGCCAAAAGAGAAGCAGUAGUUCGAGCAGGAUUCUUUGGAGCAACUGGGCUAUCUGGCAACUUGAUUGUGCUCUCUGUUCUCUACAAAGGAGGAUUACUGAUGGGCAGUUCUCACAUGACUAUUGGUGAACUCUCUUCUUUUUUAAUGUAUGCCUUCUGGGUUGGCAUAAGCAUUGGAGGAUUAAGCUCUUUCUAUUCAGAGCUAAUGAAAGGAUUAGGUGCAGGAGGCCGUUUGUGGGAACUUAUUGAUAGAAAACCCAAACUUCCUUUUAAUGAGGGAAUAGUCUUAAGCCAGGAUACUUUCAGAGGUGCACUGGAGUUUAGAAACAUUCAGUUUGCAUAUCCAACUCGUCCGGAAGCUUUAGUUUUCCAGGACUUUGCCCUUACAAUCCCAGCAGGCUCUGUCAUGGCAUUGGUUGGCCCAAGUGGCUCUGGCAAAUCAACAGUUGUAUCUCUCCUGCUUAGGCUUUAUGAUCCAAUCUCAGGAGCAAUUACUGUUGAUGGUGUUGACAUUCGUCAGCUAAAUCCUCUGUGGUUCAGGACUAAAAUUGGAACUGUAAGUCAGGAACCCAUUCUGUUCUCCUGUUCCAUUGCUGAAAACAUUGCUUAUGGUGCAGAGGACCCUUCUCUGGUAACUACCAAAGAAAUUGAGAGAAUCGCUGAGAUAGCAAAUGCUGCUAAUUUUAUCCAGAAUUUCCCUAAAGGAUUCCACACUUCAGUUGGAGAGAAAGGUGUUCUUCUUUCAGGUGGACAGAAACAGCGAAUUGCGAUUGCUCGAGCUCUUCUCAAGAAUCCAAAAAUUCUUCUUCUUGAUGAAGCAACAAGUGCUUUGGAUGCUGAAAAUGAAUACUUUGUCCAGGAGGCACUAGAUCGCCUUAUGGAAGGGAGGACUGUCCUUGUUAUUGCUCAUCGUCUUUCCACCAUUCAGAACGCAGAUUGUAUUGCAGUUCUUGACCAAGGCAGAAUUAUUGAGUGUGGAAAGCAUGAAACACUGCUUGCAAACCCAAAUGGACUUUUCAGCAAACUGAUGAAGAAACAGUCUUUUGUCCAGAAUAGUGAAAGUUUUAUGAUAAAUGUAAAAUCUUGAGAGUGUAAAGAAUAGAAAUGUAAAACAUUUCCAAUAAUUUAUGUUUCAGGUUAUGCACAAUAUAUAAUAUAUAUCCCCCCCCCCCAAAAAAAAAUCAAAACUUGGUUCUGCUAACGUUUUUAAAUUCAGAGUUUUAAAUAAUUGUAUGUGUAUGAGAAUAUCCAACACUGAACUGUUUUCUGACUGUAAAUAUUUUUCAGAUUUUUUUUGUUAAUGGAUAUGGUAUGUCUACCUGAUUUUUUUUUUUAAAAAAACAUAGCUAAUUUGAGACUGCAUUAAAUUCACAUACUGCCCCGAAA